GAAGUAUCAACCUGGAUUUAGUAGUAUUAUUGCACCUGUUUUGUGCCCUGUCAAAAGCUUAAAACACUGCCAUUUCCCGUAUUUCCUCAUUAAAACAACUUUCAGUUUUGACAGUAAAAGGGAAUAUUUCUCAUAUGAAAAAGUUGGGUAUUUCCUUAUGAGUCACAGUUAGGGAUGUAAUUAAGACUGAUAUAAAAGGACAGUCGCUCUGUUAACUAAAUAAUCCAAUUUUAAAUAAAUGUCUCAGUGACAUGUUUGGGCAUUGCUGAUCUCCAGCAUGGCAAACAUCCUAUCCUGUGUUUUGCCAUCCCUCAGCCUGAAGCAAAUUUGAUAUAUAAAGGGCAUGAGCAAAAGAAAUGACACAAGCUUACUCUAAUAUUGUUUGAUGUAUGCCCUAUAAGACUAAGAGUUUGGAAGAUUUACCAUAUGGAAGAAGACAAACUAACUGUCCAGAUUCAAAGUUGCCCAACAAAGCUGAAACAAAAUAUUUGGUCAUAAAGGAGCUUCCAGCACUGCACCCUUAAUAGGUACCUUCCCUGCACUUAUACUGGCUACCCUCUAAACCAACUUAAGAAAAUCCUGUCAGACUGAGAUAUUUCGGCAACAAUUUGGAACCUUUUCAAUCCAGGCAACAGGCUACAACAUCUUCCCACUGGGUUGAACUAAUAAACAAAUAUGGAUUCUACAAGAAGAACUAGUAUUGGAAAUUGUGACGACAAUGUCUACAAGUAUGGUUUCUUUAUAAAAUCACCACCACCUCAACUUUUUAAUAAUCAGAGUUCCUGGAAAAGGAGAUAUUUUAUUCUUUCUCAUUCUGCCCAAAAUGGUUACAUCUUGAGCUAUCGUAAAGGCCAGCAAACAAAGGGCCACAUUGAAAUUAAUGAGGCUUCAAAAAUAGAAAUUGGCAUAGGUGACUCUGAUAAAAUGUCUGUUGUGAAAAAGAUGUUCAAGUGCCAGUCCACUGAAGUGAUCAGUAUCACUACAGAGAACAGAAUAUUUUACCUUAUUGGAAGAGAUAGCAAGGAAGUUGAGGAAUGGGCCACCUUCCUAUUUACAUUGUGCUCAGAACAACAGAAACAGAAAAUCAGAAGUCGGUCCCAAUCUGUCCCAGCCUGUCUUGAUGAAUUGGAUAUUACCUCUAUCACCAAAAUGGAUCAGUGUCUUGGUACUAAAUAUGAAGACAUAGCAACAUCAGUUCACAAACAAAGGCCAAACUCAGAUCCUAGUCCUCAAGAAACCCAGAAAGAACUACAUAUUUAUGAAUCCCCGGGAAAACUCCUACGCCGUCUGAGGCAACUGACAAAUACUUCAUUUGAAGAACAGGAAGAAAAAGAGGAAUAUUAUGCUUCUCCAUCAAGUAUUUUAGCUGAGCCGGAUGAGGUGAGAAUGGGAGAAUAUAGCAUCUCAGAGAAUGAAAAGUUCAGUAGCAGUAAAGAAUACAUGUCCAUGAAAGAUUUAAUUUCAGAAAUGGUAGAAGAUAAAAUAAAACCAAAAGAUGCCAAUAAUCAAUUAGUGACCCUUCCCCAAAAUCAGAUGGAUGUACAAAUGGCAAAACCAAAGCCAUUGGAAAAAACACCCAAAGUCUUCUUUUUAUCUGUGGUUCAAUUGUCCAUAAUUCUCAGUAAAAUCACAGAUGAUAACCAGUUGGAGCAGGUGGAUAUUCUCCUUCUCCAGAAUAAUCUUGAAUCCUACUUAACACUUGUAGAAGCUUCUGGAUGCAUAUGCAUUUCUCAGUGGAAAGACCCAUGUCGUUUAGGAUGCAUAUUUCAUCAAGGAGAUCAUAUAGUGGCUGUGAAUGAUUUGCAUAUCAAAGAUAUGGAUGAAAUAUUUUGGUUCAUAAGUAGAUCCAGAAGAAAGGAGGUAAAACUGACAAUAAAUCGACUCCCAGAUUCAGAGAUUUUACAUGUUCCAGGAUGCAAGUGUCCACAAUGGCAUAAAAGAGCAGUAGUUUCUUCCAUGUUACUUUCUGUUUGAUAAGAGAUCUCCUUGCAAUCUUUUUGAAUCAAAUGAUGAUCCUGGUUAUUACAAAUCAAUGAAACAAAAUGAGUUGAAGAAUGAAUGGAAAGUGAAACAAAAUGAGUUGAAGAAUGAAUGGAAAGUGAAUGAACUUUGCAACUGAACAUUAGGGAAAUUGGUAUUUUCUAAAUGUAGUUAUGAUUUCUACUUAUAUUUCAAUAAUUAACUGAGUUGCUAACAACUAGUGGCAGUCAAAAUAUAUGAUAAACAGUAGGAUAUCUUACCAAAGUUUAAACAAAGAACAUGCUGUAGCUGCUGAGAGAAUCUAUGAUAGGGACUAAAUAUAAUAUGAACUAUGGCAGAUUUGAUAUAUAUCAACAUGCAGUUUAAAAUAGAAAGAUAUAUUUCAAUAAUACCAGGCUGUGGUACUAAACUAAAUUUACCUUUGAUUGUACGAUUAAAUUCAGUAGAGUUUAAAAACAAGUCAAGGAUUGAAAUGCACAUUUGCUGACAUUUACUAUAACAAGGGUGAUCCUAGUUAAGGAAGUAUUUCUUCUCCAGAAUAAACUAGUCACAGCUUUUUAUUUAAUUAUAUUAAAUUAGGUUCAAACAGAAAUCCAUUUCCACUGUGUAAAGUUGUCAGAUAUAUUUGGAUGUUACUGGAAAAAACAUUAAAGUUCCAUGUUGGUUCUGAUAAAAAAUUAAUGUUUUGGAACAAAACUUAUUUAAAAAAUACAGAAUAAACAUAUUUUGAAGAAAAUAAUUACUUUUAAUCAUUUUGGAACUUUUAAAAAAUUAUGAAAGUAGUACAAUUAACUAGGUGGCAAUAUGAACAGCUAACAUACUUCUUGUGUUCCUUGCUGGAACAUGAUACCGUAGCAGUGUCUGAUAUUAAGAUUGAGUAAGUGUAUUGAAGGC